CAUUGCUUCACAUGACUUGAGCCGUUGGAUUCUUCCCUCCUGGCCGCUGUCCACAUUCCAUUCCCCUUUCAGAACCCAGGCAUCCUGGGCUCCAGCUGCAACUGCUGCAUGUGGCUUUCCCCAUCCCUGGCCUUGUGACUCAGGCGGCCCCCUGAAGGGAGCAGCCCUCUUUUUUGCAGUCACUGUGGAGAGGGAGAGGAGGAGGGGGGCUAGGUGGUGACAUCACGGUCGAAGGGUAUAAAAGCUUCAAGCCAAAACAGAGUUGAAAUCGAAGAUACAACCUGACAGCGCAGCCUGUGAUCCUGGUGACCCCUCAGCCUCAUAUGCACCGACGUCUGGUGGCAGAUUUCCACUUUAUCAAGGCCUACCCACUGGCUCCAUGCUGGGCUCUACCUGCCUUCUGUGGCUCCUGGCCCUGACCUUCUCCUUGGUUCCUAGAGCUCAGCCCUUGGCCCCUCAAAGCUUUGAGGAAGAGGAGACAGUGCCACCGCCUGUUCCCUGUGACUACGACCGCUGCCGACACCUGCAGGUGGCCUGCAGGGAGCUGCAGAGGGCCGGCCCGGUGGCCUGCCUGUGCCCCGGGCUCUCCAGCCCUGCCCAGCCGCCAGACCCGCCGCGCCUGGGAGAGGUGCACGUUGUGGCCGAGGAGGGCUGCGCCGUGGUCCACUGGUGUGCUCCCUUCUCCCCGGUCCACCAGUACUGGCUGCUGCUUUGGGAGGGCCGCGGCGCUCCGCAGAAGGGCCUCCCGCUGAACUCCACCUUCCGAAAAGCAGAACUUAAGGGACUGAAGCCUGGGGGCACUUAUGUCGUUUGCGUGGUGGCCGCUAACGAGGCCGGGGAAAGCCACGUGCCGGGGGCAGGUGGGGAGGGCCCCCAGGGGGCAGACAUGCCUGCCUUUGGCCCUUGCGGCCGGCUCUCCGUGCCGCCCAGCCCCCUCACCCUGGUCCACGCGGCCGUUGGGGUGGGCACAGCCCUGGCCCUGCUGAGUUGUUCCGCCCUGGUCUGGCACUUCUGCCUGCGGGACCGCUGGGGCUGCCCGCGCCGGGCUGCCGCCAGAGCCGCAGGGGCGCUCUGAAGGGGCCUGGAGGCACAGCCAGGCCCCACUGGGGCGCUCAGCUGGGCUCCAGGCUCCGGGGAGGAGGGGGCCGCUGCUGCCCGCGCAGGCAGGACGGCAGCUGGGAGCCAGGCUCAGGCGCCUGGGCCACAGCUGUGGCUGGGUUCGCUUGGCAAAGCGCUUGUUUGGGUCCCGGACUUGCCGCUUUGUUCCCUGGCUGAGGGCUAGAAGAGAGUAGAGAGGGUCCCCCAGGUUAGGCCAGAUAGUAAAUAAUUUCGGCUUUCUGGGUUCGAGAGGAUAACAUCAAGCAUAUUAUGUAGGCACUUAUAUGACCGUUUAACCAUUUAAAAACCAUUCUUAAAAAAAAAAAACAAAACCAUUCUUAUCUGCCUUACAAAUCAGGUUGCAGGCCUGUUGACUAUACUUAGACCACCCCUGUCAUACACCCUCAAAAGGGCUCUGUCACUAUGGGUCGCUUCAGUGGGAUUUUGAGAAUAAGCUGGGGCAGGACGGGCCUUUGGGGCCAGAGACCAUCCUCUUCUGCUUCUACGUUUUGUUUAGUUAUUAAGGAUGAACACAUCUGAGUCCAUGUCCACCUGUGUCUGAGGAGGGUGGAGAAGAAAGGGAAGGCCCAAGCUGCAGUCUGGGACAAGUUUGUAUCCCUGCCAGUUAAAACAAAACAGAAACAACAGUACUACCAAGGAAUUUCUCCCUUUCCCUCGUUUGUGUUUAUUGUAUAUGCACUGUAACAACAUUAAAGGACAUUUAA